UGCGUGUCGUCACCACCCUCCGUUCCACGCGCCGGCGGCCGGUAGGUUCGCGCGAGAGGAGGCGGGGCUCGCGUUUGAAAGAUGGCGGACGAAGUGGACCAGCAACAAACAACAAAUACUGUAGAAGAGCCACUGGAUCUGAUCAGACUCAGUCUUGAUGAACGAAUCUAUGUGAAAAUGAGGAAUGACCGAGAACUUCGAGGCAGAUUACAUGCUUAUGAUCAGCACUUAAAUAUGAUUUUGGGUGAUGUUGAAGAGACCGUGACGACAAUAGAGAUUGAUGAGGAAACCUAUGAAGAGAUUUAUAAAUCUACCAAGAGGAAUAUUCCAAUGCUCUUUGUGAGAGGUGACGGCGUUGUGCUUGUAGCUCCUCCAUUGCGGGUUGGCUGAAACCAUACAGGAUUUUCCCUGGUUGGAAAUCUGCUCGCUUUGAGAUAAGGCUCCUGUUCAGAUCACACUUCUGUGCAAAACUCUGUGCAUAUUUUUAUAUGAUAUUGUUGGUUUGUGUUUUGUUUUUUUGCACCUGCUUGGCUUGUGGAUCAUUGAAAAUAACCGACAAAAAUAAUGAAAGGAUGGUGUGAGACAGUUUAGUUUUCGAAGAGUAAAAUUUAAAUGUUAUAAUACAAGUGUCUGUCAAAUCAGUAAAUUAAUCUUUUCAGUUUUACAAUCUUGGCAAUUGCUGAGUUCUCAUUUUUUAAUAAAUAUGGUUUAUCUUUUGGAUUAUUGAUUUGUCAUCAAUUUUUGGUAUAUAAAAAUAGCCUCUUCAACAUGCAUCAUAUUUAAAGUUACAACUUCUUGUGGAAUUAAGUGCACUUAGUUAUUUUAUGGAGGAGGUUAAUACUUUUUUAUGUUGCAUUACAUCUUUGUUGCUGCUAAUUUGCAAGGGUUGCUGCUUGUAGUGACUCUUUAUAAAGGGCACUGUUGUAUCAGGCAGACAGAGGUGGCAGUUUUGUGCCUAGCCUCUUAACACAUAUCCUUGUGUACACACAUACAGUUCAUGAUUUCUAAAGUAUAGAGUCUUCUGCUUUACACUGCCCUAGUAACUAUUAUCCAAAAUCAGUUUUGACAAGAUUUGUUGUCUGAAUAUCAACCAUUUUUGUUGACCCACAUGUAUAAGUAGUCACCAAUGUCUUGCAGUCUAUUUGGAAGGUGUGAUCCUGGUAGCUGAUGGGAACCUGCUUUCUUUAGACUCUUAAACCUAGCAAGCACCGACAAAUGGGAAUCAUAGCAUCUGUGUCUGAAAUUGAGGCUUACUUUAAGACACAGUGCAUAGCAGAUUCUGCAAGACCAUUAAUCCCCAUCUGUAAAAUGGGAAUCAUGAUACCAGCCAAAUUUGUAAAGCGCUUUGAGAUCUACUGUUGAAAAGGACUGCCUGAGAGCUAGGUAUCUAUGCAAUUUAUAAUGAGUUAUAAAAUGCCAGCUACCUGAUUGGGUAUAUUUCCCACUUCAAUAAAUUUCUCUGGGCUAGAUUGAGGAUGCUGGUUCUGUAUUGUGCCUGUUUCUGAAAUAGUGCAUGUUUAGCAUUUUAGUUUGUAAUAAAUGCCUGCACAAGCUG